GACUUUUCUCUCCCCGUCCUCUCUGUACUCUCUCCGUCUCUCUCGUCGUUUAUCCGCCUCCCAUCCUUGCUACCCUCCUCCGUGCUCUCUGCUCACCAAUUCCUCCAGGAUUCGGAUUUAGGAUUGGGAUUCUGGCGCCGGAACCGAAGCGGCGACGCGCUGGAGCCGCGGCCGGAUCGGUGCGUGCUUCUCCCGUACCUAUUUUUUGAUGGCCAAUUUUUAGCGUCUGUUGCGGUUGUUGUAUGGAACGCGAUCCGGUUCAGUUGGCGCAAUUCCAACCGGAUUUCCGUUUUUCCCAACCGCGGAUUUCUUCGAGAUUGCUUUAGCUUCGUUUGUUUCCCGCCGUUUAUUUUUUUUCUCGCUUUCAUUCUCGGGAAAUCUUGGGUCUUACUUGCGACUAUUCAGUGCCGUUCUGUAUGCGUCCUUGAUUCGAAUUCGCCGCAAGUUUUCGGUUUUCUGCACAUGCGGUGGUUCCUGGACGAGAUCUGUGGCCGGAGCCGCAACAAUCCCGCCUGAAUUUUUAAUCUUUCACUGAGUUUGGGUCACCACGCCAACGCCAUGAUGGCGAACGGGAGGUUCCAGAAGCAGGCGUUGCUUCCGCCGCGGAGCCCGUUCCCGGUGGCGGCGCCGCACGCCGAGCUCGGCCCAAUCGCGCGGCCGCGGGAGACGCCCCACCGGCACGGCCACCAGCGCACGUCGUCCGAGAGCUUCCUCGCUGACGAGCAGCCGUCGUGGCUGGACGACCUGCUCGACGAGCCCGAGACUCCGGCGCGGGCGCACGGCCGGCCUGGCCACCGCAGGUCGUCCAGCGACUCGUUCGCGCUCUUCGAAGGCGGCAGCGCUGCGGGGGGCAUGUACGAGUUUGACAAUGUGCUUGAUGGCAUGAGGGGAGGAGGGCAGGUGGCUUCUUUGGCCGGUGCGCCCGAAUUCUUCCCUGAGCCAGCCUCAUUUGGGCGGCCUUGGGAGUCCAGGCAGAUGUACCGGCAGGGUGGUGGCAUGCCAAUGCCAGGCAGGGAGAAGAAUGGAGGGCGCCAUGGUCCGUCCAGCUCAUUUGGUGAGCAUGAGCUUGGUCAUGUGCCCAAUGGGGUGAAUAGGAAGGCCCAUGGCGAUGCGGCUUAUGACCAGAGGAUUGUAAUAGAGAGAAAGGAGGGCCUGAGGCACUCUCAGUCGGAGACUGACACCAAACGAGCCAAACAACAAUAUGCUCAGAGAUCUCGUGUCCGGAAGCUCCAGUAUAUUGCAGAGCUUGAGAGAAGAGUUCAGUCCUUACAGACAGAGGGAAUAGAAGUAACUGCUGAAAUGGAUUUUCUCGGUCAGCAAAAUAUCAUGUUAGACUUGGAAAAUAAAGCCUUGAAGCAACGGCUUGAGAGUCUAUCUCAGGAGCAUCUCAUUAAACGUUAUCAGCAGGAGAUGUUUGAGAGGGAAAUUGGCCGCCUUAGAACAUUGUUCCAGCAGCAGCAACAGCAACAACAUGUGCCGCAGCAGCAGGCUCCUACCCAUAGCCGCAGUAACAGUAGAGACCUGGAUUCGCAAUUUGCAAACCUGUCUCUGAAACACAGUGAUCCCAGUUCAGGGCGCGACGCUAUCUCUGGCCUCCGCAUUUAAGAUCCCUUUGUUCCAGCUUUUGGAUCCCUGAGCUUUGCAGAACCUGCUGCCCCUUUAUGCCACUCUUUGUGGUUGUUAGUAGCAUCAUGAGAGGAGCAGCACCGGUGAACCGGGAAUCUCAUCCCACGGUGAAUAAAGCUGGAAAGGUUAAUAACUGUGGAUCUGGUCCUUAGUUCUUUCAGAAUGUGCACCUGGCGGUCAUCGUUAGCUUCUGUCCAUUAUUGAUGCUUGACCAGUCGGAGGUGUUUAGGAUCUGUUUGCAGAUUGAUGACUUCCAUGGAUCCUUGUAUCAGUUUGAAUCUAGAACACUAAGGUUCUAAUCCAUUCCUUUUUAGUCGAUUCUCUGUCGAGUUUAGGCGCCAUGGCCCUUGUAUUAGUGUGGCACACGAAUGGAAUGUGAGCUGGUCCUCUUUAGGUUAUGCCACAUCCUGGAAAACCGUUGCGUGAGGAGUUGUCGGGCCAUGUCCAUUGUCCUAAUAAGAUGGUGAGGUUGAAGGGCUGGUGCAGUUCAGUUUCAUUUUAUUUGUGAUGUGCACAGCAAGAUAUUGGAUACUUUGGGUUCUUACAUUUAUUUGAGCACUGUAUUUUUAUCGCAUUGUGAUGACAGUAUAUUCCAAGUUCAUUUUA